UUUUAUAGAAAGGCCACAAGAAGUCAUGGGAAUGUUAGGAAUAGUAGAUAAGGAAACCGACAAAGUAGCCAAACAUCAGUUUAAAGUUACUAUUGAGGACUACACACACUGUGAAUCCGUGAAUCAUUACACUUUUAUGCGCAGUGGUGAAAGAAGUAUUGAGAUGUUUUAGAUGUUUUACUUGAGUAAAAGCAAUACUGCAGUGUAGAAAUACUCUGUUACAUAGGUAAAAGUCCUUCUAAAUAAAGUAGCCUAACUUGUAAAUAAAGCUGUCAAAUAAAUUAUGCAGUGAAGUAAAAAGUACAAUAUUUGCCUUCAAGUUGUAAUAGAUGUAGAAACAGAAUGUAAAUACUCAAGUCUACUUCAAAAUUGUACUCAAGUAGCCUUCAGUUGCCUACUGCAGUAGCUACUUGAGUAAUUAAGUAGCCUACUUAAUUACUUCCACUGAAGUAAAAAGUUAAAAAGCUCCUGCGAGUUGGCUUACAGUUGCUAAAUAUUGGGACAAUUAUUAAAACAUAUUGAGGGGAAAUCUAAUGUUUCUGCUCUCUCUCAAUCUCUCUAUCACGCACGCGCAUUCCCAAACACUCAUUGACGGGCGGUCACACCGGUAAGAGCGACAGACAGGCGAAGUCAAGUCAUGGAGGCGAUAUGGCUCUAUCAGUUCCGGCUGAUCGUCAUCGGGGACUCCACGGUGGGCAAGUCGUGUCUGAUCCGGCGGUUCACGGAGGGCCGCUUCGCCCAGGUGUCGGACCCCACCGUCGGCGUGGACUUCUUCUCCCGACUGGUGGAGAUCGAGCCGGGCAAGCGGAUCAAGCUGCAGAUCUGGGACACCGCGGGUCAGGAGCGCUUCAGGUCCAUCACCAGGGCUUACUACCGUAACUCUGUGGGCGGGCUCCUCCUGUUCGACAUCACCAACCGCCGCUCCUUCCAGAAUGUCCACGAUUGGCUGGAGGAAGCUCGCAGCCACGUUCAGCCGCACAGCAUCGUCUUCCUAUUGGUGGGGCACAAGUGUGACCUGGAGGCACAGCGCCAGGUGACUCGCCAGGAAGCAGAGAAGCUAGCGGGGGCUUACGGGAUGCGCUAUGUAGAGACAUCGGCCCGCGACGCCAUCAACGUAGAGCAUGCCUUCACCGAGCUGACCAGAGACAUCUUCGCCCUGGUGCGGUCCGGCGAGAUCACAAUCCAGGAGGGCUGGGAGGGCGUGAAGAGCGGGUUUGUCCCCAAUGUGGUUCACUCCUCGGAGGAAGUGACCAAGAGUGACCGCCGCUGUCUAUGUUGAUCUGGGAACAGUUUUGGGACUGAGGGUGAAAAGGGGAGAGAUUCAGGAAGGAUUCAGAGGGGAGUGGCUGAUGGACUGAGGUAUCAGCCUUCUGACUGAAACUGUUGGUAACCCUCUGUUAUUGUUUCUUCAGACUGGAUACAGACAGGGAAGUUCAAUGAAAAGGCUGGUAGAAGGCACCUUGAACGUGGGUAAAUAGCUGAAAGGUUGUGCCCAUUUCUGUAUACCUUUUAUUUCUCAGAGAGGAAGGAUCACCAAUGCUCAUUUACCUGCGAGGGCUCCCAUGAUUCAAUUCCUCUAGUUUUGGUUUGGGCUUCCUACCUGAAAAUCCCUCCCUGAAAGUUUUAGAAAGGCCUUAGAAAGAGGAUCCGUUUUGGUUCUUUGCCAAAAUACGAUGAAACUCUUGACUUGUUUAAUCUUUCUUUCUCCCGUCAUCUCUUCCUUCACUUCUCCUUCAAUCAACCACUUCUUAAUCUUCUCCUCUCCUCCAAUAUGCAAUUACAUGAUCACAUACGAGGCGAUCACUUUUACGUUGGUGUCCAACAUCCUCCUAGCACAUAUCAUUCGAACAAAGUUUAUUCAGCACAGGUUCAACAAGAGUUGUGUUUCUCUUUCACCCUCUGUGCUCCACAUUCCACUAUCAGAGCUCAAUGGAGGAGUCCUGGAGGUCCUAAAUGUAACAAGGGAUGACCGAUUUCCUUCCUGGAGCUGUGAUUUUGUUGCCAGAGACCACAUAAUUUCUCUUUGGAGCUAUUUAGGCCUCCAGUGAGCUCGAUGACAUUGACCAGAUGGUUAUAUCCACUUUCAUUAUGCUAAAUACCACACUAUAACAAAACAUCGUCACCCAUCAAGUUCCAAAUGGACUCCUAAAGCAGGAAGAGACAACGUGUACAGCUUAACUGACCGAGGUGGACUUUUUGGACUAGCUUAACAACUCCCAACUGUCUGCCUUUAACUGAGGACUUGUAAAGGGGGACUAAUAGGAAUGUUGGAGCCAGAAAGCACUUUAACAGCCAAGUCCACUUUAACUGUGGAGCCUAAUUUGGGACUUUGGAGAUAAUUUAUUUCUUGAAAGCAAAGCAAACAGAGAAGGACCAGACCACGGACUCCUCAAAAGAACUAUAUUAUCCACAAUGCACGCAUAAGGAUAAUAUAAUCUUGCAAAGAAAGUAGUUAAAUGGCAGGCAUUAAAUCAAGCCAACACAGAUACAGGCAUGGGAAACUACCAGAAAGUUGUUCUGAGCAAGUGGUUUAAAUGGGUUUUUUAUGUGUGUGCUCAAGUGUAAUAUCUCAUCAAACCUUUAUUUUUAUUUUAAUACACUUCAGUGCUACAGGUUGAUGCAACCACCAAAGUUACUUGAUUUUCUGCAGUUCAAAGACACAACUUACACUUUGAAACAUAAUGCUUUGGAAGGUAGUUUUAGAUGAAUUCUAGGUGUUAAAUGCACUUGUCUUGGAGACACAUACACUCAGUUGCCAGAAAAAAAUAACGCUAAAAGGUUAUAUGGUUCAGUUUAAGAAAGGAGUUGAUUAAAAUUUAUGAUCAUUUUAGAGGUUGUAGUUUGUAGUGCUGUUAAAUUGUAUUGUGUCAUCAACAUAAAUGGCUUGCAAAAGUCGAAGUUGAAGCAACACUAAUCUAAUUCAAACAAAACUGAACAUUAUAACCUCCAUGAAGGUACGAUUUAUUGCAGGGCUGUUGUAUCAGACUGCAUUAAUUUUAGCUAGCUGUACCGAAUACACUGGCCACUGAUUGUAUAUAAUUCCUUCCCAAUGUAACUCUGUCAGUAAACAGUCUGUGGAAGAAGCUGCCAACAGUGUCUGUCCUGUGAUAAUGGCAGCUGAAAUAGCCAUUGUCCAACCCCACUGUCUCAUUAGCAACAGACAAAAAGUGGCUCCAGUAAUUUCAACACACACGAUCAUACAAAAGUUGUAACAUCACAUUUUUCAGAUCCCUAACACAUGAAAUGGGCCGGACGAAUAGAUCCAAACUAUUCACAAAACCACUGCUGUGCUAACGCUCAGGCGACGAGGUCACAGCAGGUGUUCAUCACCAAUUAAAGACAAAACACCUGUUUUGACAUCACCGUUUGGGCUGUGGCCAACAUGUUUAAAGGUCUGACUUGCCCUUUUAAGCCGAAUUUACCUUUUAAGCAGGUUUAUUUCACGCUUUCACUUAAGAUGUCAGGCCAGUUAUUGACUUUAAAGGAAAAUCACAGUGAAUCAUACUGUUUCAUUGGCUUGUAGACAAUGCACACAUACAUGCAGCAGGUAAACAUAGAUAAUUGACACAUAACACGAGUAAUCUACUUGCAGAUUUCCAUUCAAAGUACACAUUCUUAUUAUUCUUACAUCUGUUUUGUGUUUUUGUGAGCCACAUAAACUUACCAUAUUACUGACACAGAACAGAGAGACUUUUAGCAUUGUUAGCAAUUAAAUGUACCUUACCAUGUCUACCGUAAGUACCUGGAUUGUUUGGUGUAGAGCUAUACUUCUAUACACCUUUUUGUUUUGCAGAAUGCUUAGUAAAGAUAUUUUUUCUUUAUAUAUGAUUUGAUUAGUAUUUCACUUUAAAACUUAUUUUGACCCUUAAUCUGAUAUAAAUCCUAAAUGAAUGCCUAUGCUAUAUUUCUUUUUAACCUGUGUAGAUCUGUGAGGAAACUGUAAGUGCUUCAUGUUCUCACACUGUAUGCCUUCAUUUUACACGUCUCCAAAGAGUUCUGCUUGUGUUAUCUUAUUUUUACAUUGACGUGUCAGUCGAGGAAACGGUGAGAUUUUACACCCAAGUUGUCAUACAAGAAAUGUGUGAAUGAGAAACACUUCCAGUCAAUGCGACACACCCUUUUCCUCACAAAAAGCUUUGACAAAGGUGACCUUAAUGUUUUAAGACUUGACUGAAAAUCAUCCAAAUUGCAGUCCAUUUCCAUGGCUGCAUUAUUCCUUAGUGAAAUAAGUGAAAUGUUGCCAGACAGAAAAGAUCACUCUUAAACAAAAAAGCCUGAGUUCUCCCUGAUGCUUGUGUUUUUGAUAUUCGACAUUGAGUGUUAUGUUUUAUCCCACAAACGCUUUAAAAGACAGUCUGUUUUCCUUUCUCUGCUUGCUGUAUCAUCGCCAGUACUUUCUGCCAAAACACUUUUAAAGGUCCCUAAGUGGACAUCAUGGAUCAGACAGUUCAGAAGUGUUAAGGUCUGCGUGGGUGGGUGUGGAUGCAGCCUUUGUGUGUGUGUGUGCAGCUCCUCCUUGUGGGCUGCCAAGACUCUUUCAGCAGAUGUCAGCCAGCUGGUAGAUCUGCUUUGCUGUGCAGCACCCAGUUGGAUAUCUCUAAGCUCUGUAAUAUCUUGCUUCUACUCUGAAAUAUUGUUUUAGAGAAAUAAAGUUGUUCCACAUUUGGGUAAUAAGCUUAUUAGCUUUCUCGCUGAGAGUUAGAUGAGAAGAUACAACUGCUAGCAGCAGCUGCUUAGCUUAGCUUAGCAUAAAGACUGAAUAAAAAUCUACCUACCAGCACCUCUAAAGGUCAUUAAUUAACAUGUUAUAUUGUUUGCUUAAUCUGUACAAUAACCAAAGAGUAAAGAUAACAGUCUGUAAAACCACUACUUAUUUCUGGGAGAAGUAGCUUUCUGGAGUAAGCUCCCGUAAAACCACAAUUUGUCAUUUUUACACUUUAGUUUUUGUACGGAUUAAAAAAACAAGGUAUGACGUGUUAAUUAGUGAGCUUUGGAGGGGCUGGUAGGUGGAUUUCGUUACCUUGGGAAAGAGACUGUCAAGCUGUUUCCCCAUAGUUAGUCUUCAUGCUAAGCUAAGUUAACCAGCUAUGGGCUGUGGCUUAAUUUUAGAGUACAGACACGAGAGUGGUAUCUAUCUUUUCAUCUAACUCUCUGCAUAAGCGUACUUCCCAAAAUAUUGAUCUAUUCAACAAUAUUCUACAAUAAAAUACAAAGUCUAUAAAA